GACUUUAAAUCCAAGAUGGCGUUUAGGUGCGGAGGACAAUUUUUGGUUUGAAACUCGGAACUCAUCGCCAAAGUCAGGAUGUUCAAUAAUCAACUCAGUGCUAAGGAGCUUUACAGCACCAAUCCAUCUCAGUUUUUACAGCGGUCUGGUUUCCGAACCGACCCUGAAGAUUCAGCCUUCAGCUCCUCACUGAGCCAAAACAACUCCCAGGUUAUGAGCUCACAGAUGGACAACUCCCAAUCCAGCUCCUUUGACAUGUUCUCUCAGAUGAUGAUGUCCCAACAACAAGGCUGCUCACAGCAAACAGAAAACGCAAACAACCCUCAGAGAUUCUACAUGAAGUACAUGUCCAAGGCGCCCCUGUUCAGCAAAGAACCGGACAAGAAUCCCCUACCCAGAAGAAAAAGCUUCCAAGAGCAACUUGAUAGCAACAAACAGAAAGCAAAAGAAAGAGAUGACAGAGAUCUGAUCAACACCUUCAUCAAUCUGGUCAAGGAGUGCACGGAGGAAGUCAAGUCUGCUGCCUCAGACAUCAAGAAAGAUGUGGACAAAAAUAUCUCAGAGUCUGCCUGCCAGUUCAGCAGCCUCAUCCAGAAAAUCAAUGAAGACUUGAAGCAUUACCAUAGCACACUGCUGGAUGCAGUGAAAGUCAGAGAGGACAAGCAGGCCACACUGGAAGCAAUGCAACAAGACCUUGCUGCUAGGGAGGCCAAAAUUGAAGUCCUCGAGACGCAACUGGCAGCAGCUAACAAGCAACGUGAGGAGAGAGUGGUAGAGUCUGUCCUGGAAACCUACACAGAGCAGCAGCAGAAGAACCGAGAGCAGAUGGACAAGAUGCAGGAGGAGCAGCAGGCCUUCUGCAAGACGCAGAUGGACAGACUGCAGCAGGACCAGCAGAGGUAUCUGCAGAGAUGCGAAGCGGAGAGGGAAGCGGCAAAAGCUGCAGAGCCUCAAACAGCCACAGGUAGAAGGGAUGGUUGUGGUGAUCAGCUAGCUGGAGUGAGCCUUCCUCCUCCUGUUACUGAGACCGACUAUCGGCCCCGCUCUUGGCAAGGUUUGCCCCACUACGAACAGAGUGGAUGCAACACCCAGAUGAUGAGAAGCUACCAAGACAAUCCAGGUUUUCAAAACAAGAUGCGUCCACUGCAGUCUAAUGCCAGUAUAGCUCAGCACAAUGAUGUGAGCAUCGGUACCGUCCUCCAACCCACCAGUGCAUCUUUUAGUAACCACGGCAACCGCAUCUCACUCCCCUCCACAUCAGUUGCAUGGCCGAUGCCGCUUGAAAACCAAAACAAAGAGUUGUACCUACAGUCAAGCAACCAGUGCUAUCAAGGUCACAAUCCCUACAACCAAUCUGUAGUCAAUCCACAAGCAAGACCAGCAUUCCCAACAGGCAACAGUUGCGGCCAAGAGAAUAGACCAUCAGGGUUGAAUCUCCAGCAAGGUAAUCAAGCACCGUCAGUGAUGUCUCCACCAGGUACCUCAAAUCAUCAGGGACCGUGGAACUCAAACAAGCUGAAACCAUCUCCUAUGGCAGCCGUCGCCCCACAAGUAAAGCCUCAAGAGGUUGUUCACCCAUCGCGAGAACAGAGCAAUCAAGAUGACAGAGAGGAGACAGGAAGUGAGACUCCACAGGCAGCCGUUCCAAAGAAAAGGAAAGGAAAGAAGAGAUACCAAGUUGCUGUUAAGACCAAGAAACAGCCAUCUAGAGCAAAAGCUAAACAGAAGAGUAUAUCAUUGGAGAGAAAAAUCAAUAUGGAGAAUGACCAAGAAAAUCAGCCCAUUCAUGGAAAGCAUAGAAGAUAUAUUGAUGAGGCAGGCCCCACUGUUGAUGUACGGCCAACACAGGCGAAGAAAAUCCACAUCCAGCCAAAAACGAACGAAGACAUUUAUGAGUACAGGGAAGAAGAAGGGGAAAAGAUUUCCAAUUCCAAACGCAAACCACAAGGGAAGCAGACUAAAAGAGUUCAGCAGGCAUCAAGACACCAGGUUGAGGAAGAUGUUCAGAGAGGGAGCAAAGAUUUGCCAAAGCAGAGAGGUCCUGGAAGACAAACCAAAAAGGUCUUCAAUCCAGCGGCCAAACAACCAGUUCAUCAGUCCAAACUGAUCAAUCAUUUGCCAAAAGCAACAGAUCAGGAUGCCAGCAAAUGUGCUGACACUGACAAGAGAGCGGCUUCUAGUGUCGCACAGAAGUCUAGAGGAAAGCAAAAGGCAAAAUCCUCCCUGACAGGAGCAUCAUCUGAGGAUGGCAUAUUCUCACAGGCGAGAGUUCGCACAUAUUCCAGGGGCCAGGAUGCAAGAAUUUCUAACGCAAAAUCAUCCCUCAGUCAUCCCAAACUCCAGAACCAGAAACCAAAAAGGAAGAGGUCUAUGAAGGAACAGAAACCAGAUGUCAUCAGCUACGGAAGCAGCUCCGAGGAUGAAGACUCUGAGAGUCAAAGACCUAAUGGCAACUUGAGUCAGGAUCUUUCAUCUCAGGAUGAAAGUAAUGAUGACAGGGAAGAACAAACCAUGGCACCAGUAAAGAUCCAAAGAAAAACCAGAAAGCAAGCCAACAAGAAACAGACAGAUAAGCCAGUCAGUUGUCUAGUACAGCCUCUCGUGAGCCAACUGGACACAAUGCCAUCCUUCUCGGACCAGGAGGACAGCUCAGAAGAGAUGAUAUUCUCCUUGAAACUUCCUGACUCCCCAUGUCUACAGAACUCCAGCCUCAAACAAGCCAAAUAUCCUCGGCAGACAGAAGAGCAAGUUGUGCCCAUCGCCAGGAGCAGUGAUAUCCUGAGCACUCCGUACAUCCAACUGAACAAUGAGCAGGACAGCGACAAUGAAUCAGUUGGCACUACCUACUCAGUCAGUGUGGGCUCAGGCAGGAGACUCAGCCGGCAUAUGGAGAGGAAGCGACGACUCAGUCACUACUCGGGAUCCUCCACGUCAGCUGCCAUGGUGGAGAUCACCAACUCCCUGCGACUGCAGCAUCGUAAGAUCAGACGAGUCUCAUCCAGUUGUUAAGGUGUUGCUCCUUU